CGGCGGCCAUCUUGGUUCGGCGGCGGCUGAGGCGGCUCCUCCGGCUCCUCCGGGGAGCGACUCUCCCCUCCCUCCCCCGUCCCCCCGGACUCGGCAGCCGCGGCUCCUCCUGCUCGGGGGGGGGCGGCGGCGGCGGCGGCGGCCAUGGCGGCGACCGCGGCGAACCCGGAAAUGACGUCGGACGUGUCACCGCUGGGCACGGCCCUGGCCCCCGGAGUCCAGACUGGAGGGGCCGGCGUCCAGAGGGCCAUUAAGCGGCGGCCACCAGGCUUGGAUUUCGACGAUGACGGUGAAGGGAACAGUAAAUUCCUCAGGUGUGAUGACGAUCAGAUGCCCAGUGACCGGGAGCGGUUUGCCAGGUCGGACGAUGAGCAGAGUUCGGCGGACAAAGAGAGAUUGGCCAGAGAGAACCACAGUGAGAUCGAGCGGCGCCGGCGCAACAAGAUGACGGCGUAUAUCACCGAGCUGUCGGACAUGGUGCCCACCUGCAGCGCCCUGGCCCGCAAGCCCGACAAGCUGACCAUCCUGCGCAUGGCCGUGUCCCACAUGAAGUCUCUGCGUGGGACCGGCAACACCUCUGCCGACGGCACCUACAAGCCGUCUUUCCUCACCGACCAGGAGCUGAAGCACCUUAUCCUGGAGGCGGCGGACGGCUUUCUGUUUAUCGUCUCGUGCGAGACGGGCCGCGUGGUCUACGUGUCCGAUUCGGUGACGCCCGUCCUCAACCAGCCGCAGUCCGAGUGGUUCGGCAGCUCCCUGUACGACCAGGUGCACCCCGACGACACGGACAAGCUGCGGGAGCAACUCUCCACCUCGGAAAACGCAUUAACCGGCCGCAUCCUGGACCUGAAGACGGGGACAGUGAAGAAGGAAGGGCAGCAGUCAUCCAUGCGGAUGUGCAUGGGGUCCCGACGUUCCUUCAUCUGCCGUAUGAGGUGCGGCAACAGCCCGGUGGACCCAGUCUCCAUGAACAGGUUGAGCUUCAUGAGGAAUCGGUGUCGGAACGGCCUGGGGUCCGUGAAGGACGGGGAGCCUCACUUCGUGGUGGUGCACUGCACGGGCUACAUCAAGGCCUGGCCCCCCGCAGGUGUCUCACUGCCGGAUGAGGACCCGGAAGCCGGCCAGGGAAGCAAGUUCUGCCUCGUGGCUAUCGGCCGGCUGCAGGUUACCAGCUCCCCCAGCUGCAGCGACCUGAGUAGCACCUGCCAACCCACUGAGUUCAUCUCUCGCCACAACACCGAGGGCAUCUUCACCUUCGUCGACCACCGCUGUGUGGCCACCGUGGGUUACCAGCCACAGGAGCUGCUGGGAAAGGACAUCGUGGAGUUCUGCCAUCCCGAAGACCAGCAGCUCCUGAGAGACAGCUUCCAGCAGGUGGUGAAGUUGAAAGGGCAGGUCCUGUCCGUCAUGUUCCGCUUCCGGUCCAAGAACCGUGAGUGCCUCUGGAUGAGGACCAGCUCCUUCACCUUCCAGAACCCAUACUCGGAUGAGAUCGAGUACAUCAUCUGCACCAACACCAAUGUCAAGAACUCCAGCCAGGAGCCGCGACCAGCCCUGUCCGGUUCCCUGCAGCGACCGCAGCUGGGCCCGACGGCCAGUCUACCCCUGGAUAUGGGUCCUGGCCAGCUGGCCCCCAGGCAGCAGCAGCAGCAGCCGUCAGAGUUGGAGACGGUCCGAGAUGGGCUGGCGGGCUACGAUCCCACCCAGGUCCAGGUGCCGGUCCAGGCCGGGACCGCGGCGGGGCCGGGCCCCGAGCUCGGGAAGCCGCUGGAGAAGGCCGACACCUUGUUCAGCCAGGACCGAGACCCAAGGUUUGCCGAGAUCUUCCCCAGCCUGAACCCAGACCAGAGUAAAGCCGUGGCCUCGGGCUCCGUGGCCUCGGGCGCCGUCCCCACUGGUCAGCACCUGUUCUCCCAGGCAAACGCCUUCCCCCCAGCACCUCGCCCGGCCCCCGACAGCUUCCGGAGUGGCAGCCUCGCCCCCACGGGGGGCAUCGCCCAGCCGCCGCCGCCGGCCUCCGCGGGACAGAUCCUGGCGCAGAUCUCUCGCCAUAGCAACCCCGCUCCAAGCUCUGGACAAACCCCCACCCCUGCCUGGGCCUCAGGCACCCGCCCCCCAGGCUUCGUCGCCCAGCAGGCAGCGGCAGCGGCCUCCCAGGCAGCCAAGAUCCGGUCCCCACCUUUUGGGCCGGGGGGCUUCCAGACCCCCUCCUCCUUCAGCCCCAUGUCCCUCCCGGGAGCCCCCACCGCCUCCCCGGCGGCCACCGCCACCUACCCCGGCCUCGCCGCCCGCGGAGCCAGCUUCGCCCCCGAGGCCGGGCAGACGGCGGGCGUGUUCCAGGCACGAGCGGCAGAGGGUGUCGGGGUGUGGCCCCAGUGGCAGGGGCAGCCCCAGGCCCAGCCCCAGUCCCAACCCCAACCCCAGCUCCACCGGCCGGGCUCCGGGGAGCCGUGCGGCCCGCCACAGGCUCAGCCCCCGCCCCAGCCCCAGCCCAGCCAGCCUGAGGUCUUCCAGGAGAUGCUGUCCAUGCUGGGAGACCAGAGCACCAGCUACAACAACGAGGAGUUUCCUGAACUGGCCAUGUUCCCCUCCUUCUCUGAGUAGCCCGGAGGCGGCAGCAGGGGCAGGGUGAAGAACGGGGCCGGGAACCACA